UAUAAAAUUACAGCAGCUGCAGAACCAAAUUCGUCUGGAGCGAGAAAGUGGCCAGUGGUAUCGUCACCAACAGCAACCUGAUCAUCACCAGCACCCUCCCUCUUCUCCUUCCUUUCCUCCUCCCCCCUCCUUCCAGGAGCUUGCGUCCAGCCAGUCUGUCACUUCUCCUGUGCCAAUGAGUGUUCUUAACUCUCAUACUUCACCAACCAUGCAGUCCUCCAGCUCCUUCAACUAUGCUCGACCUAAGCAGUUCAUUGCUGCUCAGAACAUCAGCCCUGCUUCAGGUUACGUGACUCCAUCUUCAGGAUCAUCUACAUCCAGCCUUCCUUCUCCUAUGUCUCCAACUGCUUCUCAGAAACAGUUUGGGAGAGUGCCUGUUCCCCCCUUCUCUCAGCAAUUUGCUCCAGAAGGAGAGUACACCUGGUCUCCUUCUUCCCCAUCCCCUCCACCCCCUCCUCCACCUGUCUUUAGUCCAACUGCAACAUAUCCAGUGUGUGAUUCCUUUCCACUUCCACCUCCCCCACCCCCUCCUCUUCCUUCCCUUUCUUCACCUUCCCACAGCCUGUCUCCAACUCCCAGAUUUCCUAACUCCGGCCAGUCUCCAGCAGCAUUUCUCAGCUCCAUGCUGCCAUCCCAGCCACCACCCAUUUCUGUCAACGCAUUAGGCCUCCCAAAAGGAGUGACACCUCCGGGAUUUCCCAAGAAAACAGGCAGAACUGCUAGGAUAGCAUCAGAUGAAGAGAUUCAAGGGUCAAAAGAUGCUGUAAUUCAGGAUCUGGAAAGAAAACUUCGCUUCAAGGAAGACCUGUUGAACAAUGGGCAACCGAGAUUAACGUAUGAGGAAAAAAUGGCUCGUCGAUUGCUGGGAGCAGACAGUGCUGCAACUGUCUUCAAUAUACAAGAACCAGAAGAAGAUCCUGCUAUACAGGAGUAUAAAGUCUCCAGCUUUGAGCAAAGAUUGAUCAGUGAAAUUGAAUAUAGGCUGGAGAGAUCUCCUGUGGAAGAAUCGGACGAUGAGGUGCAGCAUGGAGAUGAACCUAUUGACAACAGUGUGUCACCGUAUUUUGAGAUAAAGCUGAAGCAUUACAAAAUCUUCGAGGGAAUGCCAGUCACAUUUACGUGCAAAGUGGCAGGAAACCCGAAGCCAAAGAUUUAUUGGUUUAAAGACGGGAAGCAAAUUUCUAAACGAAGUGAUCACUACCGAAUUCAAAGAGAACCUGAUGGAACUUGCUCACUGCAUACUGCAGCCUCCACCCUGGAUGAUGAUGGGAAUUACACCAUUAUGGCUGCUAACCCCCAGGGCAGAGUAAGUUGCACGGGCAGGCUGAUGGUUCAAGCUGUAAAUCAAAGAGGCCGCAGUCCAUGGUCACCUUCUGGUCAGCCGCAUAUGAGAAGACCACGAUCUCGAUCAAGGGACAGCGGUGAUGAAAAUGAACCCAUCCAGGAACGAUUUUUCCGGCCUCAUUUCCUGCAGGCUCCUGGAGACCUGACUGUUCAAGAAGGAAAACUGUGCAGAAUGGAUUGCAAGGUUAGUGGAUUACCGACUCCAGAUUUAAGCUGGCAACUGAAUGGAAGACCAAUUCGCCCUGAUAGUUCUCACAAAAUGCUGGUGCGUGAGAAUGGUGUGCACUCCUUGAUCAUAGAACCAGUCACAGCCAGAGAUGCGGGAAUCUACACAUGCAUCGCCAGCAAUCGGGCUGGCGAGAACACGUUCAGCCUGGAGCUCAUUGUUGCAGCUAAGGAAGUACACAAAGCACCUGUGUUUAUAGAGAAGCUACAGAACACGGGUGUGACCGAGGGAUUCCCAGUGCGGCUGGAGUGUCGGAUCUCGGGGGAGCCAUCCCCUCAGAUAUUUUGGAAGAAGGAGAAUGAGUCACUCACAUACAACACUGACCGAGUGAGCAUGCACCAGGAUAGCUAUGGCUACAUUUGCCUACUUAUUCAGGGAGCUACAAAGGAGGAUGCUGGAUGGUACACGGUUUCAGCUAAGAAUGAGGCUGGGAUUGUGUCGUGCACUGCCAGGUUGGAUGUUUAUACUCAGUGGCAACAACCACCUCAGACAACCAAGCCAAAGAAGGUGCGGCCCUCAGCCAGCCGAUACGCUGCACUGUGUGACCAAGGACUUGACAUCAAAGCAGCUUUCCAGCCUGAAGCAAAUCCAGUCCACCUGACAAUGCAGUCUGGCUUGGUAGAGAGCGAUGACCUGUAGAUUCAACCACCACUUCCAUCAUUUUCUUUCAAAGCAGAAACACUGAAAGCCAUUGCCUUGACCAAUGAUACUCCUAUGUCACUUUAUGCAAAGGCAGACACUUUCAAGUACAAAAGAUAAACAACAAACACAAUAACCAUAUAUUUCUUAUUCAUUAUACCAAAUUAGAAUAGGUAGAUUAUUAAUGGAAAUGUACACAUUGCACAACAGAUCACAUUCACCAGUUCCUUAUACCUAAGUUGCUUCAGCUCUUACAAAUAACCCUUUUCAUAAAGGCCAAAAUACAUCAGAGAGUCCGAUUUUUCAGAUGAGAGCACUAUUUAUCACUACAUGCCUUCAUAAGCAGUAAGUAGAUGUUACACAACCUUAAUGGUGCAAGAUGUUUUACUUGAGGCUGUUUGAUCACAAAGAAAAUCAGAAUGUGUGGUUGUUGACAGUUCUAAACUGGCACUGCAUUCUGAUAGCGACAGUGAACAAGUGCAAUAUUGUAAGAGUAAACCAGGAAGGGACAAGGAAGAAAAACACAAGCAAAUACUGUAUCUCUGCAAACUGCUUUCUAGUCUACA